CUACCAUUCUCAAUCUUUACUAUCAUAGUGGAAGUGAAAAAAUGUCUCUGGGAAGAGGCAGUGCAAUGGUUGCUCUGAUGCUAUCAUUAUGCUUACUGCUUCACUCUGAGAUGGCUCAUGCAGCCACCUACACAGUUGGGGGUGCAAAUGGUUGGACCUUUAACACUGUGGGCUGGCCCAAAGGGAAGCGGUUCAGGGCCGGUGAUACACUUGUGUUCAACUACAGCCCUGGGGCUCACAAUGUGGUGGCUGUAAAUAAAGGUGCUUACAACGCUUGCAGGACCCCAAAAGGUGCCAAAAUCUAUACUUCAGGAAGUGAUCAGAUCAAGCUUGUGAAGGGACCGAACUACUUCAUCUGCAAUUUUUCUGGUCACUGCGAAUCUGGCACCAAAAUUGCCAUUAAUGCUGUCUGAUAUAGUGGAUUUGCCUUUCAGAUUUCAUAAUAAUAAAGCGUAUCUUGUCUCCAUCUUCAAUUUAAUUAUC